GGAGUCGUUCCCGGGAGCGGCGGCUAGGCUAUGGUCGCGGGUCCCUGGCGUCCCGCUCCGGCCAACCAGAGUCCCUGCCUCAGCCUGUGCCCGUGCCCGCGCGGUCUCCUCAGGCCGACCCCGCGGCGCAGUUGGCGGCGGCGCCCCCGGCGCGCCCCCUCCUCCGAUGGCGGCGGAGAUCCAGCCCAAGCCGCUGACCCGCAAGCCUAUCCUGCUGCAGCGGGUCGAAGGGUCCCAGGAGGUGGUGAAUAUGGCCGUGAUCGUGCCCAAGGAGGAGGGCGUCAUCAGCGUCUCGGAGGACAGGACAGUUCGUGUAUGGUUAAAGAGAGAUAGCGGACAAUAUUGGCCAAGCAUAUACCAUGCGAUGCCUUCUCCAUGUUCAUGCAUGUCUUUUAACCCGGAAACAAGAAGACUGUCCAUAGGUCUAGACAAUGGUACAAUCUCAGAGUUUAUUUUAUCAGAAGAUUAUAACAAGAUGACUCCUGUGAAAGACUAUCAAGCGCAUCAGAGCAGAGUGACGAUGAUCCUGUUUGUCCUGGAACUGGAGUGGGUGCUGAGCACGGGACAGGACAAGCAGUUUGCCUGGCACUGCUCCGAGAGUGGGCAUCGCCUCGGAGGUUAUCGCACCAGUGCUGUGGCCUCAGGCCUGCAAUUUGAUGUUGAAACCCGGCAUGUGUUUAUUGGUGACCACUCAGGCCAAGUAACCAUCCUCAAACUGGAGCAAGAAAACUGCACCCUGGUCACAACAUUCAGAGGACAUACAGGUGGGGUGACUGCUCUCUGUUGGGACCCCGUCCAGCGAGUGUUGUUCUCAGGCAGCUCAGAUCACUCUGUAAUCAUGUGGGACAUCGGUGGGAGAAAAGGAACAGCCAUCGAGCUCCAAGGACACAAUGACAAAGUCCAGGCCCUGUCCUAUGCACAGCACACGCGGCAGCUCAUCUCCUGUGGUGGUGACGGUGGAAUUGUCGUCUGGAACAUGGACGUGGAGAGGCAGGAGACUCCUGAAUGGUUGGACAGUGAUUCCUGCCAAAAGUGUAAUCAGCCUUUCUUUUGGAACUUCAAGCAAAUGUGGGACAGUAAGAAGAUUGGCCUAAGACAGCACCAUUGCCGCAAGUGCGGGAAGGCUGUCUGCGGCAAGUGCAGCUCCAAGCGCUCCUCCAUCCCUCUGAUGGGCUUCGAGUUUGAAGUGAGAGUCUGUGACAGCUGCCACGAGGCCAUCACAGAUGAAGAACGUGCGCCCACAGCUACCUUCCAUGACAGUAAACAUAACAUUGUGCAUGUGCAUUUUGAUGCAACCAGAGGGUGGUUACUGACUUCUGGAACUGACAAGGUUAUUAAGUUGUGGGAUAUGACCCCAGUAGUGUCUUGAUGACACUGCCAGGCAUCAGAAAGAGAGUAUUUACUCAAGAAGCGGUUGUUCUAAUCCCAAUCAUUACUGGAGCUGUAAAGCAGAUGUGGGAGAAGAGAGAAACUAGAACCGGGCUGAGUUUGCAUACUUCCCGCGCACACAGUGGUGAGCUAGCGAGUGAACAUUGGCAAGGGGACUCUUUCCACAAUAUAAAAGAAGAUAUUUUUUUAACAAAUGGUUUAUACAGUCUGGCUGUGCUACAUUGUUUUGAGUAUACUGAAAACUCUUUGUGGGGUGUUUAAUUUUUAUAUUUCUCAACACUUCAUUUUACUUGUUGCUUUGUGUGUGGGAGAAAUGAGGAAAGUAUCUGUUCAGGGUAUUUGGGGUCAUUAUAAAGUAGUUUCCAUGUUUUCUUCACUGUGGACAUAUUAUGUGGUCAGCAUCUUUUUCUUCUCUUCUGUUUGUCUACCCCCACCUUCAUCUGCUGCUUACCAGAGUGUAUGUAUUUACACUGUUUAUUUGCAGUUUCUGCUUUCAUAGAAAUCCUCUUCACUUGAGAGAUUUGGAAAACCAUAGAUUUACCAACUGACUGCUUGAAUCAAUCACCUGAUCCAUUUGCAAUAUCUAACUCAUUCAUGUUCUUAUUAGGUAGAAGCGACCUUGUGUUUCUGCCUCAGUUUCGUUUUUCCCACAUUAAAAAAUGUGAGAAAGCUGCUGCCAACCAUUGUCAUCACAGAAGUAGAUUAUUGUAACUCAGAGCUUCAGCUAUCAGUGCCUGGAUCAUUUCUAAUUCCGUUGGAGCCUUCUGAGUCUUAUGUUUUAGUUUUGUUGACACAGCUCUCCCUCGCUCAGAAUAUUAAAAAAACAAAACAAAACCCUAUGUUCUUCAAAAACAAAUGUGUUUAGGAUGUGUUUUUCCAUGUGACGUCACCUCUGAACUUGAACGUGUUCAUCACUGCGAGAUUGUAUCCUGCUCUAUUCCUCACCAUCUGUAUCUUCUUCCCCUUUAAAAACUAGAUAUUUAAAGAUUUUUAUCUUAAUGUAUUUUAUCAGAACACUUGGCACAGUUUCAUAUUAAAUCGUGUGAUCUGAGACAUAAAAGGUACUGAAUCCUACAGCUCAUGCUGUGAUCCUGUUGGGAAUGUAAAAAAAAGGGCUUUAGAAAAUGAACCUGAAGAACCUGAAUUUUAAGGGAAUUCAAUCAAACUUGAUACAGGGAAAUAUUCUUGUCUGUAGUGACUCAACUUGGGAUAUUGAAGUCCUUUUUAAAAAUCUUAUUUUCACCUAUAAAAAUAGAACUUAAAUUAGCAGCAGGCAUGUGCUAUGCACCUGCCCCAUUCUAAGCACUUUAUAUCUUCCACCUCAUUCAGCCCUUACCUGUUGGGAGCAUUGGGGGGGGGGGAUCUCUGAGUCUCUUGGGGAUCGCCAGGUUAAAUAAAGCCUUGCAGAUAAACAGGCCAAUUACUUGCCCUUCCCUAUCCAAGCCCUACCUCCUCAGUGUCUUGUUCACUUCUGAUUUGACAAUUUUUGGUGGUAAUAUUUGAAAUCCUAUUUUUUUUCUCUCUUCCUGGAAAGCAGUUUUUUUCCCUCGUGAUCAUUAAUUACUUUUCUUUCUAACCGGGAGAAGUACUACCAACCACACCCCUAACACUGACCACGUAUGCUUCCUGGGGAUGGGGCUUCCCAGAGAUUGUUCUGCUGCUGCAGCUCUGGGAAGCAGGACCAGUGGGUGUGCCCUGUGCAGCCACGGUACACGACAGCCAUCACCCGAGACUUCAGACCAGAUCAGCCCGUGUAACCAGACUCUAAGGUUGUGUGUGUGCGCACACGUGUGGAAGCAAUUACCACUUGUCACUUCACUGCCCCUUCCACACUACCCUUGCUUGCCGUCAGUCAAAGCUACUACAACUAAUCUGAGUCUGUUCUGCAUGAUUGCUCUGUGAGAGAGCAUUAAAAAGGGAAUUAAAUUUAAAAUAUUCAAAUAUCUAUAUUGUAGUUUACUACUAGAACCUGGAGCCACUUAGUGAGUUGUACCUAGUAGAGAGCUCUGUGUUGGAAAUGAGUAAUAGAAACGAAUCGCUCUGUUUUCCCUUCCUGAACUUUGGAGCGGCCUGUACGCAGAGAGGGGAACACAGUGUUACGGAGGCGGUAGAUCAGGCACCCAGCAGCCUGAUAUGGGUCUGAGUUGGGUCUAGAUGAGCUCAGACUCCAUCAGGGAAGCUGACUGUCCCCGCUGGAUCACAUGUGUACACCACAGUCACUCUGGUCUGGGACCCUGCACGUCACUCCAGCCAUCUCCCUCCCAGCACGGCUCCCAGCCCACAGAGGCACUUAGAGGUUGAAACCACUUGACACCUCACUGGUGAUGGGAGUCAUGAUCAAAAAACCACAGAUAUGUCGAGGUAUCCAUGGCGCUGCCCUUUUCUUUCUCCUCCUCUGUGGGGGUGCUUCAAUUUGGUGAGAACCGCUUGGCAAACCAACUGUGUUUGUAAUACUGUGAAUUCUUGAGUUUUACAUUGAGUGUCUCCAGCAUUUUUGUAACUCACAGAGACAUAUGUGCUGAUGUUGGAAUUGCACUUUACAUAAAUUUUUGCUCUAUUACUUCAACAUGCAGCAGCUCUGGCAAGUAAGGCCUAACAUGGCAAUGUUGGGAAAGUGGAAAAACUGCACAUAUCAUGCACAUGGUUAUUCUUUAUUUGGUAGGAUAAGACCAAUCACAUGCUCUCAGUUUCUCCAAAGAAAUGAUGUUGCUAGAACUUUUAACUGCCUGGGUAUGUCUCCACAGUAGCCAGUGUGGUUUUAGAUAAACUACUUGGAAUCGUGUGUCUUUUUAUAUGUGGUCAAUCAACCAUAAUGUAUUUCUCAUUUGAUUGUUUGAAUUAUUCAAAGAAUCUUAAAAUCACAAAACUGGAAGGGAUCUUCAGAGAUCUAGAACAUUCCAAGCACAAAACACACUUUAGUCAUACCAGGCAGUUAGAUAUAGCUGAGGUGUAAACAAGAGAAUCUAAAAGAAGAAUUUUCAAGGAACAAUUGUUUUUGAACAUUAGCUGGUAAUGGCAUGAGUGGGAGGAGUGACUUCCAGCGCCUUGAGACAGGGAGCUCUCAGGAACCAGGUUUGCUCCUCUUAUCAUAAGCGAAUUUGACACUUCUUUUGGCCCCAGCCCUAUGGUUAUGAGUGGGUGGGUACUCCACAAUGAGGCAAUUAUUGUAGGUCUUCAGCAUAAACUCACUCAUAUAGUCUUCCCCAGAGACCAUCCCAGUGGCAACAAAUAAGUGGAAAUCCAGGGACACUGAAUGCACCUUACCCUGUUGUCUGAAGGCUGGCCUGGAGCGAGUCCCUGCGCCUACAGCACUUGCCCUUCUUGGGAACAUCACUUGUUCAUGUUUUGAGAUCCAUUUUUUUAAAGUAUAAUUUCUUUUUGCUUAACAAUCAACUGAUUUAAACAAUCAGUUUUGACUUUUAAGCAAAGGGAUAGCUCUAAAACUCUGUAUCAAAGUUACUGGACAUAAGUAUUCAUUAAAUGAGAUUCCUUUGGUUUGCCUUUUCAUAGUAGUUUAAUUGUAUGUAAGUGACCUUGUUCACUAAGAUUUAUAUUUUAAAGUGAAAGCAAUCAUUUUGCCAAAACAUUCUUCUUUUUCUCUCCUUUAAAAUAAUGUUAAAUUUUUCCUGAUAUGAAAGUGAAUAUCCAGUGACUCAAUUGGAAAAAACAGAAAUUAAGUCCAUUUUGAACACUGAGUUAUCUAGAUGAUCCUUCAGAUUCUAGUCCAGUUCAGCCAUUUGUUGAGUGCCCACCAUAUGCCAGGCUUUGAACUAGGCCCUGGGAGGAUGAGGUCCAUUCCCUGGUAUGGGCAGAAGCCACACUGAGGAGUAGAUAGAUCAUUUCAGUACGAUAUGGUAAAUUCAGUGAUAGAGGUGUGUGUGGGGUCCUGCCCCAGGAGCUGCACAGGAUGCCUCUACGCCCAGGUGGGGCUGGAGGGACUUCACAGAGGAAAGGACUUCUGAGCUGAGGUGGAGUGAGUCGGGUAAGGAAAUGAUUUUCCAGGUUGCAGAAACAGCGUAAACAAAGGCCCAAGAUCUGGCAUCAGCCUGGUGCUCGGGGACCACAAGUGGUCUGGAGUUGCCAGAGGAUAUCAAGUGCUCAGCUGCAGUCCUGGAGCCUGAGCUCGUCACUAUGAGAGGCAGAUGCUCAUGACAACAGAGAGGGAGGCAGCACACAGUUUGCCAUGAGGGGUUUCCUCAGAGGCUCAUUAGUUUGAGAGUCAGGUUUUCCCACAGCUAAGGCUAGAAUCAGUUUCUUUUUCUUUGGAAAUACCUGGAACUGUUAUCUUAAAAUGAUCCAUAGUAACUAACCUUUGAACUUUCUGGGGGCACAGCCCCUCACUGGAGGCCGUGAGGUGGAGCUGGAGACCACUGCAUGCACGGACUUGGCCUGGAAGAACUUACAUAAUAAUUCCAUAAUUACACAGGUGAGCCGGGCUUAAGACCUUGACCUGUGGCAGGAGGAGAUUGUUCUGGACAACUGUGGCAUUACACUAAUACGCAGCAUCAGCCUUUUGGCGCAUAAGCAGGCAGCUGCUGCCCUCCAUUUCUCUCUCGGCUUUAAAUCGUUCUUGCCGGUAAUGGGUCAUCUCAGUAUAAAGUGGUCACUGUGAUAAAUCCUCAUCGCAGUGGCGCUCACCAAGUGGAAGCAAACGUUUUUCUCAAUUCAGUGUCAGUAAAAAGGGCUCAGGCAGCCACUGCCUCGGAGACCUGGCUCUGCCAAGGCAGGGGCAGCCCAGCACCCCCCCUCAGGGCUUGGACUUUCUAGUUCUUGCUAUUCCCUCCGUUUGCCUUUGUCUUUGACUACCGAGUAUCAUAUGUGGAUAACUUAAUUCAGGAACAUCCAUGUUCAUUUUUAAACUUUAGCUCAACUUUACAACCAAGAAGUAUAUACAUACCAGCCCUCAGGGUUUUUAGUUUGUAUUUUUGCCUUGAAACAUUACCAUUUUCCACCGAGAGGCCUAACACACAAAAGCAGUGUCUAAAAAUUAGAUCUGUCCAAAAUUGGAACGGGAUUCCUCCUCUGUUUCCCAUGCCAGGCAACUUUUGAACAGACAAUAGAUAGCCCCUUGUCCGAGAUGUGGAAAGGAGGUGAAAGCCUUGAGUAAGGGUUGAAUUCAGUGAUCAUUCUUAAGAUCCCUUCCAAUCCUGCAAUCUUAUGAUUCCAUGAAUGUUGUUUAUUAUCGGACUGGCCUAAACCAUUACCAGUGAGCAACCUGCAUGUGGCUGACUUACUCGGAUAAAUGAGAACAUACCGCAAUACCUUUGUCGUCUGUCACAUCUAGUAAAUUGCUUUCUGUGUUUUCCAUCUAAAGCCUAGCAGGUUUGAAAAGAUGGUGAAGGUGGAAGUUCAUCAUGGUACCAUCUCUUUAAAAAUAGAUACCUCAAAAUGUUCACCUUUGUGAGUCAAAAAGUAUAUCUGACUUUCUUGGGAGAGAAAGUAUCAGAGAACUGCACAUUGGUUUAAAGGUUAGAUUUAGAAUUUAACCUUGAUCUUUAUGAUUCUUUCCUCCUUUUUUCCCCUUGGUUCUCUGGGAAGCGCAAGAGAGUGAACUAUUACAAAAAAAGUGAAAAUGGUUUGAAAAAAGUAUUUCACUUAUAUACACUUUUUCGCCCCGUUUAAAUGGAUGUCAGCCUUAUGUCAGUAGCAUAUGCCCAUAUGAAGGAUGGACCAAGACACUUGUGUCACUGGUAACCAUUGUACUCUUGUAUAUUUAUGUUUUAUGGCAUUUGCUUUGCUUUUUAAAUGACUUCUUUUCAAUGUACUGUCAUUUUGCAAAAGAAACUCUUUAUAUGAAAAGUACAAAAACUGUUAUUAACUGGACAACAGGGAGGGUGCUAGCCCCACAUUCGUGCCUGCCUACCACUAUAUCCAUAACCAGGGACAUGGACUCUUCCAUUCUGCACGCCAUCAGUCUGCGGCCACAUCGGAGCCCGGCUGCAGCAGGCAUGCUACUUCAUGGAUAUCUUUUUCUUUCUUUUUGAAAUGAGGAGAUUCCCCAAGGGGUCAGGCUGAGACUGUAAUAAGCCCAAAGCUGGAACAGAUUUCUCAAAUGUGGUUCUAGCUGAACCCUUCUGGCAUUGCCAUGCUCUCUGCCACUACAGUCCACCAACCAGACCGAGUGGUCUGGACACUGACUUCCUGAAUGUGAUUAGGUGGGGUUGAGCAAGAACUUCCCACAAUGUUAAACUGUCUAUAUCCGGUUCUACAUUCAAAUGCUGCUGAAUGUUGUGAAUGUUUUUAAACUGCUCACUCUCCCACUGUGCUUCCCCCUAACUGAAACCAUAUGUAGCCAUUACCAAUGUAAAGACUCCCAGUGCAAAGUUCCCUCCAUGGUUUAAAAUAAAUCUCUGUGGAAACCUGCAA